AUGGAGGAGGAAGAUCAGAACUCGUCAUUGAACUCACCCCUUAUUCACACAUCUGAAGAUGAAGUGAAUUCGAAAGACGAGAGACAAAUAAAUUAUGAGAAUAUCAGAAGCAAACUGAUAGCUGAGGAAGUAAAGAAGCAGCUAUGGCUAGCAGGACCUCUAAUGUCGGUCAGUCUUCUCCAAUACUGUUUGCAGAUGAUUUCCAUCAUGUUUGUGGGUCAUCUCGGCGAAUUGCCUCUCUCCGGUGCUUCCAUGGCUGUUUCUUUUACAGCGGUGACUGGUUUCACCGUCUUGAUGGGGCUGGCUAGUGCUCUGGAUACGUUUUGUGGCCAAUCUUAUGGAGCAAAGCAGUAUCAUAUGUUGGGUAUCCAUAUGGAAAGAGCAAUUAUUGUUCUUUUACUUGUGAGCAUUCCUCUUGCAUUCAUUUGGGCUAACACAGGGGAAAUCCUGAAAUUACUUGGCCAAGAUGCUCAAAUUUCAGUAGAAGCUGGGAAAUAUGCUAAAUGCUUGAUACCAUGCCUUUUUGCACAUGGUCUUGUUCAAUGCCUGAACAGAUUCUUACAGACCCAAAAUGUUGUUUUCCCAAUGAUGAUGAGUUCUGGAAUAGCAGCUUUGCUUCACAUCCCCCUCUGUUGGGUUAUGGUAUUCAAAGCUGGGCUUGGAACUCGAGGAGCUGCUGUGGCAAACUCCAUUUCUUAUUGGAUCAAUGCAUUGAUAUUGAUACUUUAUGUUAAGCUUUCUUCUUCAUGUUCGAAGUCUUGGACUGGCUUUUCAGGGCUGGCUUUCCACAACGUCCCAUAUUUUCUUAAACUUGCAAUCCCUUCAACUGUCAUGGUUUGUCUGGAAUUGUGGUCAUUCGAGAUGAUGGUUCUUCUGUCUGGACUUCUACCAAAUCCAAAACUAGAGACAUCAGUGCUUUCUAUCAGCCUUAAUACAGAUUUAACCGUUUGGAUGAUCCCAAUGGGCCUGAGUGCUGCUGCUAGCACUCGAGUUUCAAAUGAACUAGGAGCUGGUCGUCCUGCAGCAGCAAAGCUAGCAGCAUGUGUAGUUAUGAUAAUAGCCAUUAUCGAGGGGCUAUUGCUUGGGACUGUCUUGAUUCUUAUAAGAUAUGUGUGGGGUUAUGCUUAUAGCAACGAACAAGAAGUGGUCAAAUAUGUAGCGGACAUAGUUCCCCUAAUUGCAGUGUCCAGUUUUCUUGAUGGACUUCAAUGUGUUCUAUCAGGCAUUGCUAGAGGAUGUGGUUGGCAGAAAAUUGGUGCAUAUGUCAAUCUUGGAUCAUAUUAUCUUGUGGGAAUCCCAUCUGCAGUCUUGCUUGCUUUUGUCUUGCAGGUUGGCGGAAAGGGGCUGUGGUUAGGCAUCAUCUGUGCACUUGCUGUCCAAACAGUUUCUCUUGCUAUCAUUACCAUCCGCACUAACUGGGACCAAGAAGCGAAGAUGGCUACAGAACGAGUGUACGAUGCAGUAAUUCCAGUGAAUGCCAUCUCAUGAAACUGAAGAUUUUGGUGGAGAAACUCUGUGAUUAAUCUCUUGAUGUGAAGCUACUUGUCUUUGAAAGUCAACAAAUUGUGGAAACAAUCCCAAAAGCCUCAUUUUCUUGGACGAAAACUACCUUAAGAUUCUUGCUCUCGAAGUCGGUUUCUCAGUUUCCAUGGAAAUCAUUCUGUCUACCCAUCGAAGUUAAAGGGAAAUUAUGUAAAAUUAUAUUUAAAUUCAAUGCUUAAUGAACAUGAUCAACAUCAGCAUCACGGUGGAAAAUAUGUUGUAAGAGAACAUUACCCUUAUGAAUAAAGGUGGGUUGUGAUCAUUUGCUGAA